UAGAAGGAUGUUUGCAGGCCAGCAGUGACCUCUGAUGAGGUUUAUCCUGUGCAAGAAAACAUUGAAAUCCUCCCAGAUUCACUUCAUGACCUCUUGAGACCCAGACUGUGAUCUCUGCAGGUCCAGUUUUAGGCUUUCACUAUGAUUUUUCACCAUUUUGUUCAUGUAAUAAGACAUAUUUUCUAAAGUUUUCAAUGAAUAAAGUAUGUGAUGCGUUUCUGUAAGUAAAAUUAUUUAAAAUGAGCAAGGAAGCACUUUUUGAAGACUUUUGUCCAGACCCUUUGCUCUGGGUCAGCCCAAACAUCUGCUCUGCAGGCAGCUCAUGUUUCUGCAUCAAACGGCCUCUCUGUAUGGAAAUCCGCCCAGAAUAAGCCAAUGUAGAGAGCGUGGGAGUGGGUGGGUGAAAGUGUCCACUCUGCUUGCAGCUCCUCAGCUGUGGGUUCUCCACUCCACUCCACUCCACGGUGAUGUAACAGGAAGCAGUGGGCUGACUUCCAACGUCAAGCUGAAGCCGCCUGAGCUUCGCGCAUAGAGCCGCGGAGGUCCGCUGUGUUUGGAUCACCGAGCCGAGCAGGAACCGAACCGAACCCUGAGCAGAACCAGAGGACUGGAGCGCCUGCUGGAUCUCUGUUUCUGAUCUGAAACUGUUGAAGUGUUACUUGACAUGGCUGAGAGGAAGAUGGGCGGCUUCGGGUGGAGCUGGAUGGUCACGCUCAUGCUUUUGUGCAAUUUAACAAAGUUCCUUGGUAGGGCCAGCAUGGAGGUUAACGAAAGUCAGCAAGAGCAUCCUAACAACGUCUACCAUGACAUUGGAAUCACCAGAAACAAGAUAGUUACGGCCCAGUUUGAAUGCUACCAGAAGAUCAUGAAAGACGACACAAACGGCAGACAAGAAUCCAUGUGUAAUCGGACUUGGGAUGGAUGGCUGUGUUGGGACGACACCGAAGCAGGAGUUACAUCGGAGCAGCACUGCCCUGACUACUUCCAGGAUUUUGAUCCAUCUGAAAUGGUGACAAAGAUUUGCACGGAAAGUGGGCAGUGGUUUGUGCAUCCCUUCAGCAACCGGACAUGGAGCAACUACACACGCUGCACCGAGCACACCAAUGAAGGCAUGAUGACGGCGAUGAAUCAUUUCUACUUAACCCUCAUAGGACAUGGACUCUCUCUGGUUUCCCUCCUUAUCUCUCUGGCUAUAUUCUUUCAUUUCAAAAGUCUGAGUUGCCAGAGGAUUACUCUUCACAAGAACCUCUUCUUCUCCUUUGUUCUGAACUCUGUAAUCACUAUCAUUUGGCUGACCGCAGUGGCAAACAACCAGGAGCUGUUGCAAAGAAAUCCAGUCAGCUGUAAAGUGUCCCAGUUUAUCCACCUCUACCUGUUUGGCUGUAAUUACUUCUGGAUGCUCUGUGAGGGGAUUUAUCUGCACACUCUCAUCGUCGUGGCUGUGUUUGCUGAGAAGCAGCACUUGAUGUGGUAUUAUCUGCUAGGAUGGGGCUUUCCUCUUAUUCCUGCCUCCAUUCAUGCUAUUGCUCGGAGUUACUACUACAACGACAACUGCUGGAUUAGCUCCAAGACAUCGCUGCUCUACAUCAUCCAUGGUCCCAUAUGUGCUGCUCUCUUGGUCAACUUGUUCUUUCUGCUAAACAUCGUCCGAGUUCUCAUCACCAAGCUGAAGGUGACGCAUCAGGCAGAGUCCAGUCUGUACAUGAAGGCAGUUAGAGCCACACUCAUCUUGGUUCCUCUGUUGGGAAUUGAGUUUGUUCUGCUUCCUUACAAGCCAGAGGGACGGGUCUCCUCUGAAAUUUACGACUACCUUAUGCACAUACUAAUGCAUUACCAGGGUCUGCUUGUGGCAACCAUCUUCUGCUUCUUCAAUGGAGAAGUCCAAGCGGUUCUGAGGCGGCACUGGAACCAGCACCACAUCCAGUUUGGCAGCAGCAUUGGGAACCACUCGGACGCCCUUCGCUCAGCCUCCUACACGGCCUCCUCCAUCAUCGAGGUGCAGGGCUGCUACACCAUCGAUGGUCACACGGAACACAUGAACGGAAAGGGCUUCCACGACACAGACGCUUCCAUGCUGAAGUCGGACAGCACCUUCGCCUGACAACCAGGCCCUUUCUGACUCUACCCAUCCCUCCAAUUUCUUAACAUCUGCAUCAUCCAUGGAGAAGAGGGGAACUCUGACCGGACGGUGUCAGGAAGUGUGUAGAAAAGGAUUCAGAGUGUCACAAACAUUAAGGAAACGCUCACUUGUCCGCCUCUCCGGAGGUCGGUGAGCUCUGCACAGCUUCUCUUCCACUGUUCUGCUGACGUGUCGGUCGUUCCACCUGGACUCUCACAUUCUACUAUUCCUGAUACAAAAGUUUUUAAACUAAUGCAUAAUGACUGCUGGUUUAUCCUUCUGGCGCCAUGUUGUGGACAAAAGCCCUUCGUUUAGACUGUAAAAACCCUUUUAAAGAGAUAGUGCCAAACCCGUCUUUCCAAUACAGCCGCUCUCCUUACGUUUAUCCAAGAAAUGACGAAGAUAUAACAUUAAAUCAUAAUAUAUAUAUUAAAGAUACACCAUAUUGUUUAUCAUGGUUUUAUCUAAGCAUUCGUGUUUCUAAAAUAUUACCAUGCUGUCUUUAUUAUAGACCUGCUAGGUUUUAUUUGAAAUCAGACAGCAAAUGUGCUUUAAAAUCAUCUAACCAUGACUGGGAGGAAAAGUCUGGUUUUGAAGAGCAAGAUUGUGUCACAUUCCCUUUUUAUCCCUUCACGGCUCAGACUGAGCAGAAAUGAAAGCUGUUUCGGGUAGAAGCUGCAGAUCGUUGUGUGAGAGAGAGAGAAAAAAAAAGAACUGAAGGAAAUCUUGUUUUAUAACUAGAAGUUUUACCUCAGGUGUACGCAAUAUACUCCACAAUGGAUAGUAUUUAUUGACGAAAGCCAAGGGGACAGGCUAUGAAAUAAAAGCUAAGCACAACCCACAAUUUUAUAUCAGCUUCAGGUCAUUUCGACCAUUUGCAAAUUCAUA